AUGGAAAAAUACGGCCUUACAAACAACGAGUGGUUUUCGACAAUGUUUGCCAAUCGAAAAUUCUGGGUUCCAGCCUACUUCAGGGAUUUUCCAAUGAGUUCAUUGAUUAAGACCACCUCUGUAUCCGAGUCUCAGAACAGUUUCUUCAAGAGAUACACUAAGUCUCGAUGUAAUCUAGUCGAGUUUCUUAUGCAUUACAACAAUGCAUUGGAUGCCCAAAGGAGCAAUAGCAACAGGUUUGAAUAUCAUGACUCCAACACUACCCCAAUGUUGAAAACAAAUUCUGCACUUGAGAGGCAUGCGUCAACAAUCUACAGUGACGGUGGGUUUAAGGCAAUUCAGGAAGAGAUUGAAGACGCAAUUGAUUGUUGCACCAUGGUAAAGACUUCAAUCGAGGAUGACACUGAAAUAUAUGUGAUCAAUGACAAGUUCUCUAAGGAUUGGUCCGUGUCUUAUUCCGCCACUAGAGAUUCAUAUUCUAAUUUUGUCAAGCCUGUUCAUUGUGGUUUUGUUGACGAUAUUGAAAAAGCUCUCAUUAUCGAUUUGGCAACACAAGAAUGGAGGGAUAUGCAUGGUGAUUAUUUUGAGGUUGCACAGACUAUUAAGGGAAACGUUGACCAAAUUCGUGCAUUCAGACAAAUUAUUGCUGAAGGGAAGAAAGCGAUAUUCGGUGAAGGGAUUGUAUUGUCUAUUAGUGAUAAGAGGCAGAUGAUUGAGAAUUUAUAUGGGUCUCAAGCCCCUAGCGAAAUAGAUGUCCAUCCUCCCGACGUUGUCAAAACCAAGGGUUCAGGAAGACGGCCUCUUACACGCCUUGAGCAAGCUAUGAAGAUGAAGGCAAAGUCUGGUCGUAAAUGUGCCGAAUGCGGCGAGGUUGGUAAUCAUGAUGCAAGAAAUUGCAAAAAGAUUAAGGAGAAGCAGAAGACAAAGUAA